UCCUUACCGGAGGAAGACGUUCCAAAUUGCUUGAAAUUGAAUAAUUGAAACAAAAAUGCACACAAUUAAGCUGCUCCUUUUUGUUGUUCCUCUAGUAAUUUCGUCCAGAGUUGAUCCAGACCUUUCGCCAUUUGAUUCUGUACCGUCAGAGCCAAAAUCAAGAUUUGCUAUGUUGGAUGAUGUCAAAAUUUUAGCCAAUGGCCUCCUGCAGCUGGGUCAUGGUCUUAAAGAUUUUGUCCAUAAGACAAAGGGACAAAUUAAUGACAUAUUUCAGAAGCUCAACAUAUUUGAUCAGUGUUUUUAUGACCUAUCACUUCAAACCAAUGAAAUCAAAGAAGAGGAAAAGGAGCUAAGAAGAACCACAUCUAAACUACAAGUUAAAAACGAAGAGGUGAAGAAUAUGUCACUUGAACUGAACUCAAAGCUUGAAAGUCUACUGGAGGAGAAGAUGGCGCUCCAACACAGAGUCAGGGCUUUGGAGGAACAGCUGACCAGCUUGGUUCAGAACCCGCCUGGGGCUCGGGAGCACCCAGAGGUAACGUCACUUAAAAGUUUUGUAGAACAGCAAGAUAACAGCAUAAGAGAACUCCUCCAGAGUGUGGAAGAACAAUAUAAACAACUAAGUCAACAGCACAUUCAGAUAAAAGAAAUAGAAAAUCAGCUCAGAAAGACUGGCAUUCAAGAACCCACUGAAAAUUCUCUUUAUUCUAAACCAAGAGCACCAAGAACUACUCCCCCUCUUCAUCUGAAGGAAGCAAAAAAUAUAGAACAAGAUGAUCUGCCUGCUGACUGCUCUGCCAUUUAUAACAGAGGUGAACAUACAAGUGGCGUGUAUACUAUUAGACCAAGCAGCUCUCAAGUGUUUAAUGUCUACUGUGACACCCAAUCAGGCACUCCACGGACAUUAAUUCAACACCGGAAAGAUGGCUCUCAAAACUUCAACCAAACGUGGGAAAACUACGAAAAGGGUUUUGGGAGGCUUGAUGGUAAAGUGAUUUCCUUGCAUCACUCACUUAUCUGUUGAUUUAAUAGUAUUAGUUGGGUGUGUUGACACAGGCCUGAGACCAUAGCGCUUUUGGGCAAGGGGGGAGGAGGAGCAGCAGGUGAAUUGAAAGUUCAAGACCAGUCUGGGCCACACAUUGAUACUCCUUCUCGACAUUAAGAAUUAUAAAUUAAGCAGCAAUUAUAAAAUGGGCUGUGGAAAUGUAACAAUAAGCAAAAGCAGACCCCAGUCUUCAUAAAACUGAUUGGUAAAUAUUAUCCAUGAUAGCAACUGCAAUGAUCUCAUUGUACUUAUCACUACUGCAUGCCUGCAGUAUGCUUGUUGAAACUUAAUUCUAUAGUUCAUGGUUAUCAUAAGUCUUAUUAAGGAACAUAGUAUACGCCAUUGGCUCUAGUGAGGGGCCAUGCUACAAAUGAGCUGCAAAGAUAGCAGUAUAGAGCUCUUUCAGUGAUAUCCUAAGCACAACGUAACACAGGUGAAAUGGGCUGGAGGCACAGUUGUGGUGGAACACGCGGCCAGCAGGACACUGGGACUGAUCCCCAGCAGCACAAAGAAAGUGAUAGGAACACAGAGCGAGAGUUAGAAGGGACAGGGUCACCGUCAGAGAUACGGUGUCUAACUCCUGCAACCCUACCUGUAAUUAUUCCAUAUUAUAAACAUAUACUAUAUAACUGUGGGUCUCUGCAUGUUCUAGAAUAUGAAUUCUAUUUGAUUGUAAAACAAAACUAUAAAAAUAAGUAAAAAAAUAAAAAAUAAACAGAUACUUAAAAUCAAAA